AUGGAGGUGGCGCGCACGGAGCGCCCCGCAGGCUGGCCGGGGGCGCCCCUCGCCCGAACAGGGCUUCUGCUCCUGUCGACGUGGGUCCUGGCGGGUGCCGAGAUCACUUGGGGCGCGGCGGGCCGUCCCAGGUUCCCCACGGCUCCAGCUUCGCGGCCACCGGCUCUGCCUCUCCUCGCGCCGCGGCCAGUGGCAAGCCAGUGGCCUGAGGAGCCGACGACGGCGCGGAGAGGCGCCACGCUGGGGCGCCGGCUAGGGCCACGGCUGCUGCCCCAGCCGGGUGGCGGCAGCGGCGGCGAGAAGCAGGGAGAAGCCCGGGGGACGUCGCCGGCGAGCGCGCGGUGGGGCCAGGGCAUCCUGGCUCCUGGCAAGUCUGGCGGCACGAGGAGGAGUCGCCGGGCGCAACCCCCCAGCGCCCUGGAGCGCGGGGACGCUCGGGCCACUGUUUUGGCCGGUGGUUCCACAGGAAGCCACACUCUGGCCAGAGGUCUCGGGGAGGAGGUGAAGGCGCCGCGGGCCGGAGGUGCGGCGGCCGAAGAGCUCCGGCUGCCCAGCACCUCAUUCGCGCUGACUGGGGACUCGGCUCACAACCAAGCCAUGGUGCACUGGUCUGGACACAACAGCAGCGUCAUACUGAUCCUGACAAAGCUGUAUGACUUCAACCUGGGGAGCGUGACUGAGAGUUCACUUUGGAGGUCAACAGAUUACGGCACCACCUAUGAAAAGCUAAACGACAAAGUGGGUUUGAAGACGGUGCUCAGUUACUUCUACGUCAAUCCCACCAACAAAAGGAAGAUCAUGCUUCUUAGUGAUCCUGAAAUGGAGAGCAGCAUAUUGAUCAGCUCAGAUGAAGGGGCAACCUAUCAAAAGUAUCGGCUCACCUUCUACAUUCAGAGUCUCCUCUUUCAUCCCAAGCAAGAGGACUGGGUGCUGGCCUACAGUCUGGAUCAAAAGCUCUACAGCUCCAUGGACUUUGGAAGACGGUGGCAACUCAUGCAUGAGCGUAUCACACCCAACAGGUUUUACUGGUCGGUGGCCGGUUUGGAUAAGGAGGCUGAUCUGGUGCACAUGGAGGUGCGGACAUCUGACGGAUAUGCUCACUACCUCACCUGCAGGAUCCAGGAAUGUGCCGAGACAACUCGGAGCGGGCCCUUUGCCCGCUCCAUUGACAUCAGUUCACUGGUUGUCCAGGAUGAAUAUAUCUUCAUUCAGGUAACAACUGGUGGAAGAGCCAGCUACUACGUGUCCUAUCGAAGAGAAGCUUUUGCUCAGAUAAAGCUGCCCAAGUACUCGCUGCCAAAGGACAUGCACAUCAUCAGUACUGAUGAGAAUCAAGUGUUUGCAGCAGUCCAAGAAUGGAACCAGAAUGACACAUACAACCUCUACAUCUCAGACACACGUGGGAUCUACUUCACCCUGGCCAUGGAGAACAUUAAAAGCAGCCGAGGUCUAAUGGGAAACAUCAUUAUUGAGUUGUAUGAGGUAGCAGGUAUCAAAGGGAUAUUCCUGGCAAACAAGAAGGUGGAUGACCAGGUGAAGACGUAUAUCACAUACAACAAGGGCAGGGAUUGGCGCCUACUGCAAGCCCCAGACGUGGACCUGAGAGGGAGUCCGGUGCAUUGCCUGCUGCCCUUCUGCUCCUUACACCUGCACCUGCAGAUCUCUGAAAACCCUUAUUCCUCUGGAAGAAUCUCCAGCAAAGAGACAGCCCCAGGACUUGUGGUGGCUACAGGCAACAUUGGCCCGGAGCUCUCUUAUACUGAUGUUGGUGUGUUCAUCUCCUCUGAUGGGGGCAACACCUGGAGACAGAUCUUUGAUGAAGAGUACAAUGUCUGGUUCCUAGACUGGGGUGGCGCCCUCGUGGCCAUGAAACACACACCUCUGCCAGUCAGGCAUUUGUGGGUGAGUUUUGACGAGGGUCACUCCUGGGACAAGUAUGGUUUCACUUCGGUUCCUCUCUUCGUCGACGGGGCUCUGGUGGAGGCAGGGGUGGAGACCCAAAUAAUGACAGUUUUUGGCCACUUCAGCCUCCGCUCUGAGUGGCAGCUGGUGAAAGUGGACUACAAAUCCAUCUUCAGCCGGCGCUGUACCAAGGAAGACUAUCAGACCUGGCACCUUCUCAAUCAGGGGGAGCCUUGCGUCAUGGGAGAAAGGAAAAUAUUCAAGAAACGCAAGCCAGGAGCUCAGUGUGCCCUGGGCCGAGACUACUCCGGGUCGGUGGUCUCGGAACCCUGUGUCUGUGCUGACUGGGACUUUGAGUGUGACUAUGGCUAUGAGAGGCACGGGGAAAGCCAGUGCAUCCCGGCUUUCUGGUACAAUCCAGCAUCCCUGUCAAAGGACUGCAGCCUUGGUCAGAGCUACCUUAACAGCACUGGGUACCGGAGGAUUGUCUCCAACAACUGCACUGACGGGCUGCGGGAGAAGUACACUGCCAAGGCCCAGGUGUGCCCAGGAAAAGCCCCUCGGGGCCUCCACGUAGUGACCACUGAUGGGCGCCUGGUGGCAGAGCAGGGGCACAAUGCAACGUUCGUCAUCCUCAUGGAGGAGGGUGAUCUUCAAAGGACAAACAUCCAGCUUGACUUUGGGGAUGGUAUUGCCGUGUCCUAUGCUAACUUCAGCCCCAUCGAGGAUGGCAUCAAGCACGUGUACAAGAGUGCAGGGAUCUUCCAGGUGACAGCCUAUGCGGAGAACAAUCUGGGCUCAGAUACAGCUGUCCUCUUCCUGCAUGUGGUUUGUCCUGUGGAGCACGUUCACCUCCAAGUCCCAUUUGUCGCCAUAAGAAAUAAGGAGGUCAACAUCAGUGCAGUCGUGUGGCCUAGUCAGCUGGGGACCCUUACUUAUUUCUGGUGGUUCGGCAAUAGCACGAAGCCCCUCAUCACCUUGGACAGCAGCAUUUCCUUCACAUUCCUUGCAGAGGGAACCAACAUCAUCACCGUCCAGGUGGCCUCUGGGAAUGCCCUUAUCCAGGACACAAAAGAUAUCGCAGUUCAUGAAUACUUCCAGUCGCAACUCCUGUCGUUUUCUCCUAAUCUGGAUUACCACAAUCCUGACAUUCCUGAGUGGAGGCAAGAUAUUGGCAAUGUCAUCAAGAGAUCUCUGGUUAAAGUCACCAGUGUCCCGGAAGACCAGAUCCUCGUGGCUGUGUUCCCUGGACUCCCCACUUCUGCAGAGCUCUUCAUCCUCCCCACCAAGAACUUGACGGAGAGGAGGAAAGGCAACGAAGAAGACCUAGAACAAGUUGUAGAGAAGCUGUUUAAUGCUCUAAACCAGAAUUUGGUACAGUUUGAGCUGAAGCCUGGGGUUCAAGUCAUUGUGUAUGUCACACAGCUGACAUUAGCUCCAUUGGUGGACUCCAGUGCUGGGCACAGCAGCUCAGCCAUGCUUAUGCUCCUUUCAGUGGUGUUUGUAGGCCUGGCUGUGUUUCUGAUCUACAAGUUUAAAAGGAAAAUCCCCUGGAUUAACAUCUAUGCUCAAGUCCAACACGACAAGGAGCAAGAGAUGAUUGGGUCAGUGAGCCAAAGCGAAAAUGCCCCCAAAAUCACCCUCAGUGACUUCACUGAGCCCGAGGAACUGCUGGACAAAGAGCUGGACACCCGGGUCAUAGGCAGCAUUGCCACCAUUGCGAACAGCGAAAGCACAAAAGAGAUCCCCAACUGUACUAGCGUGUAAACCCAGCAAGCCACGUGGUCAACCACCCUUCUGACUUUUUAUUUUUGAUGAUUCCUAUUACUAUUAUUAUGGAAAAAUGAAAACAUCUUUUUUACCUUUUGUUUCUCAAGGGCCCCUUCAUAAAUAGCAGGCAGACGCUUCGCUUUGGGAGAGAAAGGCAUUCUUGGCUAAUUGAAACGAGAGAAAAAGAAAACUGGCUGUAUUUGUGCUGAGAGCAAAGAGUGAAACUUCCCACAGCCUCCUUGCUUUAUUCUGCCAGUGGUAGGACAAGAAGUAGGACUGUCUUUCUCCUUGUGGUCUUGUUUAAUUUUUCUUUUAUAAGUUGGGUUGCUUUUCGCUAACCUGCCAUGUCCCCCUCCCCACAUCACCAAGCUCUGACUCGGUUUUCUCCCCACCGCCCUCAUGGAUAACACAAACCAUUUCCCAGUUACAUCCGCAGGAGGUGGGUGGGUGGGAAGUGGACGUGGCUGCGGAAAGCAUGCACACCUGAUGGAAAAGGCCCUGCCCUGUGCAUGUCAGAGAGAGGCUGCAGAUGGCUUACUGUAUAUAAUUACAAUGUAAAUAGCUUUUUAUUUCCUAAAAUAAUUUAAUGUUUAGUAAAAAAGAAAACAGAAAAAAGAAAGAUACUUGUGUUGGCUUACACACCCUCGGAGCUGACCAACUCCCAGGCCUGCUUGACGUGUUGGGUUCUGGAUGUUCUCCAGUGGUCUGUCGCACUUAACUCUUGCAUCUCUGUGUCCACACCAUAGCUGGUUUCUACUUAUGUAUAUAAAGGUGGGGGGCGGGGGGAGGACUUCUCUGGGGCAAUCGAUAAAGGAAGGAUUGUGGUGACAGCAGAGAACAUGUGGGUCUUUUUGUUCCAUCAAUUACAUGGGAGAAGUUUCAAGAAGACGCCCACUAGAGACUUUAAACUGACACCCAGAUGGGGAAACAAGGCUUCCCUUCCAAAAGGAAAGCAUUGAGGAUAUUAAUCAGCCCGGGAAGAAGAGUUUUCUCUGAAGAAAUCAGGCAAUGGAUCUAAAAAAUGAUGAUUAUUCUGAUUUCUGGUUGGAUUCCAUGGAAACGCGUGUGGGGAAUUCUAAAACUAUGCUUAGCUUAGCAAAGUCCCCUUGAUCCUAGGUUAUUCCCAGUGAGUGCCUCUUAGCAUAG